UCUCUCUCCCUCGCUCUCGUGGGAGUGUUGAGAAAUGUUAUGAUUUUGGUCUUCAUUCUUAAUGGGAACACACUCUCUAUUUGACUUUGGUUUGUGGGUGUUGAGAGAGUAGCACAUUCAAUGGAGCUUUUUGUUGGGUGGAAAUGGAUUGAGUUGACCUCAGAUCUUCAAUUUGUUUGAUUGUUGCAAAGUGUCAUUCUUUUUUCUGAUUAAUAUCUUGGAUUGGUAGUGUAGCUUCAACUUGGUUAUCAAUCAUUUGUCAUUUAGAGGAAUCAGGUGAGUAGAAUCAGAAAUGUUGACUUGCAUAGCGUGUACAAAGCAGCUCAAUAAUGGAUCUCUUCGCCAAGAAGAAGAGGAAGAAGCAGUGCACACACCCAGCACCAAGCAAGCCAUCAAGGCUCUCACUGCUCAGAUCAAGGACAUGGCAGUGAAGGCUUCUGGGGCCUAUAAGAGUUGCAAGCCUUGUUCAGGGUCUUCAAAUGGUAACAGGAAUAGAAAGUAUGCAGAUUCUGAUAUGGCAUCAGAUUCAGCAAGGUUCAACUGGGCCUACCGCAGAACUGGGAGCUCCAAUUCAACCCCAAGGAUGUGGGGGAAGGAAAUGGAAGGUAAAGUGAAAGGGCUUUCCAGUGGUGAAGGAACACCAGCAUCAGUGAGUGGAAGAACUGAGUCAGUGGUGUUCAUGGAGGAGGAUGAGCCUAAGGAAUGGAUUGCACAAGUGGAGCCUGGUGUGCUUAUUACUUUUGUUUCAUUGCCUCAGGGUGGGAAUGAUCUGAAGAGAAUACGGUUCAGUCGUGAAAUGUUUAAUAAAUGGCAAGCACAGAGGUGGUGGGCAGAGAAUUAUGACAAAGUCAUGGAAUUGUACAAUGUUCAAAGGUUCAAUCAGCAAGCAGUUCCUCUUCCAACACCCCCUAGAUCUGAAGAUGAGAGCUCAAAGAUUGAAUCUUCUAGGGACAGUCCUGUCACUCCUCCACUCAGCAAAGAGCGUGCACCCCGUCAUUUUCACCACCCAAUGGGGAUGGGCUAUUCGUCCUCAGAUUCACUGGAUCACCACCAAAUGCAACCUCAUCCUUGCUAUGAAACAAGUGGUCUAGCGUCAACACCAAAGCUUUCCAACAUUGGCGCACCAAAGACUGAAAGAUCAUCCAUUGAUGGUUCGGUAAGGACAAGUUCAUCAGGAGAGGAAGAUCACUCGGGUGAGCUUUCAAUCAGCAAUGCCAGUGAUAUGGAAACUGAAUGGGUUGAACAGGAUGAACCAGGAGUAUACAUCACUAUCAGAGCACUGCCUGGUGGAACCAGGGAACUCAGGCGAGUCCGGUUCAGCCGAGAAAAGUUUGGAGAAAUGCAUGCCAGAUUGUGGUGGGAAGAAAACCGUGCUAGGAUACAAGAACAAUACUUGUGAUUGUGACUAUAGAAGAGCCUUUACACAGACAACUGCUUCUGCAGGCUAACACAGUACAACAUGAAAGCUUUACAACAGUAUUGUGCAUUCUAGAUCCAGUUACCUUCUAUCCAGUGGAUAAUUUGCAAGUAACUUCAACUUACGACUUUGUAGUUCACUUUAGCCGUGGAGAAACGCAUAUGUUG